UUGAUACUCGUGUGCACCUCGGACACUAUUACCCGCAGUGUGUCGUGUGAAGUGGAACAUUUUUAACGUAACCAGGACAUUUACACGAUUAUUGGGGGCACAAUGACACUGGAGGCGAAUCUAUUGACGAAGUCCAAUCCCCGGGGUUUUCAUCGUCUCCUGACUGUGCGAAGGGUCACGUUUGUCAUGGGAAUUUUUUUGUUAAUGAUCUUGGCUAUCUACCAUUACGUCUCCGUCACGGAUAGACAUUUAAAUGAGUUGAGUGAGUAUCAGGUGGUGUUGCGAUCACAUCUCGGUGAGACAGACGACGAAGUGAGGACUCCAUCAGUAAAACCAACAACAAUAAAAGUGAUCCCAAGAAUUAAUUACGAAUUGAGAGGGAAAGAGGAGAUGGAGGCGGAAUUUCUGAGAAGAGGAGAUCACGUUAAACAGAAAUGUAGAGAGUUGGGACUCAUGGGGAGAGGGAAGAACGUGCCGCAGCUGAAUGCGCAGGAGUUUUUCAUCAACUAUGAUUAUCAUGUUAUCUACUGCAGUGUUUUUAAGGCUGCGUCGACCUCGUGGUUAUACAAUAUGAAUUUAUUAGCUGGUGUUCCCGCAGAAGAUUUGAGGAAGAGUUUGGAGUCGAUAUCUCCAGUGAAAAUGGCGAGGAAAAAAUACGCGAGACCUUCGCAAUCGGAACUUUUGAAGGCUCUCGAUAAAAACCUCAGUUUUCUAAUCGUUAGACAUCCUUUUGCACGAUUAGUCAGGACGUAUUAUGAUAAAUUUGUUUUGGAAGGGGAUGACAAGUUCUAUCAGGAGGUGGGACUGAAGAUCAUAGAUAGGACGAGGCUCGAGGAUGAUCUGACAGCUAGACUAAAGGUAAUGGACCAUGAGGGUCUCCCUCCGACGCUCAAACAGACGGAUCUCCCUCCGACGUUCGAGGAACUCGUCAAGUUUGCACUUUGCGAGUGGAGGGAUAAUAAACCCCAGGAUGAGCACUGGAAACCCAUUACGAGGUUCUGCACUUCUUGUCAAGUACCCUUCGACUACAUCAUCAAGUUUGAAACACUUGAGGAGGAGGAACAAGUCCUAAUAGAACGCGCAAACCUCCAAGAUGUUCUAAAACCCAAAUGGGAGGAUAACUCAUCGAGUGAAGAGAUUGAAGACCUAGAGCGAGAAUACUUUUCCCAACUGUCCAAGCGACAGAUUCUCGAGCUUUACGAAUACUAUAAGGCUGACUUUGAGCUGUUCGAAUAUUCAAUGGACAAGUACCUAGCCUACGGCCAGGACGUGCCCUUCGUGUCUCUCCCCUGUCGCCAAAUUCCCCCCUCAAGACCUCGAAAAUAAUAAUAAGGACUCACCGGGACGACGUGUUCUGAAGAUCGACUCCAAUGACCCACUUGUCAUCAACAACUCGUUGCCAGACUCCAGUGACAAUCAACGCCUGUGUUCCCACACUUUUUUUCCUCCUCUGACGUUUCGACACCGGUACGCCAGCCUCAUCAUAAUGCUGAAUGGGAACACAAGAAAAAAUUUCAUAGAAAACAUCUAGCGGAUUCGAUAGAAAAUUGUAGGGAAUUUCUGUUGAACUUCUGCUAAAAAUU